UUCAUGUUGCACAUGGAAACAGUCUCAACAGUCCACAAAUCUCAACCCUUACAUAAAAGAUUAAAAACUCCCACCUAUACUCUUGCCAUUAAAUCCUCUUACUCAACAGUCCCUGGCCUGCCCAUUUUGUCAAUUUUUAUUUUUUAUUUUUAUAAGCAAAGCAAAGCAAGUGAGGGAAUUAAUUACAGAUCUUAGUUUCCUUAUAAGAUGCUAGGCCCAACUUUAUUAUAUUACUAAAUAUUAUUCCUUCUCUUUGAUUCUACCAUUAUUUUUUUUCCAUUUUUAUUUUCAGUAACUUUCCUUACCCAACCCACAAAUUAAAUGACCAGUCAGAUUCAUCCAGCUCACUAAUAUAUAAUACGCUCUACCUCCAUAUUGUUAUUUCUUGUGCCAGUCAUACAUUAAAUUUCACAAACCAUUUAAAGCACACAUUGCAUUCCUUGUGACUUUGAGACCUUCUCACUCACAUACCAUAGUUUCAGUAUCUUUCCUUUUCAUUCACACGGGCCAUGGCCCAUAACGUGUUUCGGGCCAAACAGCAAUCGUCUUCUCCGAGAGACAAAUCUCUGUUCGCGGCCGUCAUAGUUGCGGUUCUACUUGUCUGUGCUAUUUGGUCAUUUACUGAUCCUUUGCCUAACUUAUCAGGUUUAUUAUACAAUCAGAAUAUUAGUUCACCGGAAUAUUGCCCACCGGGACGGGAAGCUGUUGACCGGAGUUCCGACCCGCCGGAGAAAACAUUCUACGAUGACCCGGAACUCAGUUACACUAUUGACAAACCAAUAAAAAAUUGGGACGAAAAGAGAGUUCAGUGGCUGAAGCUUCAUCCUUCGUUCGCCGCCGGAAGAGUUAACCGUGUGCUCCUCCUCUCAGGAUCACAGCCCACACCAUGCAAAAACCCUAGAGGUGAUCAUUUACUGUUAAGGUUUUUCAAAAACAAAGUUGACUACUGUAGAAUCCAUGGCUACGAUAUUUUCUACGGAAACACGUUUUUUCACCCUAAAAUGCGUUCUUAUUGGGCGAAAAUACCGCUUGUUCGGGCCGCCAUGCUGGCUCAUCCUGAAUCCGAGUGGAUUCUAUGGGUUGACUCAGAUGCAAUCUUCACUGACAUGGAUUUCAAAAUUCCAUUACACAAAUAUAAUGACUACAACUUCAUCGUCCACGGCUGGCCUGAUUUGAUUUUUAAGAAGAAAAGCUGGGUCGCGAUAAAUGCUGGGAUUUUUCUUAUUCGAAACUGUCAAUGGUCCAUGGAUUUCUUAGAUGUUUGGGCUAAUAUGGGCCCCAAAAGCCCAGAAUACAAGCAAUGGGGCAAAAUCUUACGAACAACUUUCAAGGACAAAACGUUCCCGGAGUCCGACGACCAAUCAGCACUGAGCUAUUUAAUACUGAAAGGAGAACAAAAAUGGCGCAGCAAAAUUCACGCAAUUACUGAUUACUCUCUACACGGAUACUGGCUAGGAAUAGUAAACAGAUUUGAAAACAUAACAGCGAAUUACACGAAGAUUGAGAGAGAUGUACCCAAGUUACGGAGGAGACACGCGGAGGCUGUGAGCCUCAGCUACGCGGCCGCGUGGGAGCCCUUGUUGGCGGAGGGCGCUGACGGGAAGGGCGGAUGGAGGCGGCCGUUUAUCACGCACUUCACGGGGUGUCAGCCAUGUAGUGGGGACCACGCGACGGAGUAUGUGGGUGAUUCAUGUUGGGUGGGAAUGGAACGAGCGUUGAACUUUGCGGAUAAUCAGGUGCUACGUAACUUUGGGUUCAUGCAUGAUGACAUCAAAAGUAAUUCCCCAGUCUCUCCGUUAAAUUUCGAUUUUCCAGCUGAAGACAGUGAAGAAUUCGUGUGAAAGAAAAAAAAAAUAACCUCAGGUUUUUACUGUAGGAUUAAAAAGACACAAGUCCUGUGAAUUUUGGAUGUUCUUUUAAUUCAGUAUCAAUGUAUUUGAUAGUUAUUGUAAUAGUAAACAAUGUUUUUUAAUCCCUUACACAAAAACAAUGGGAUAAGUUGCCAGUCA